UCACACGGCUUUAAAUGAGAUAGCUCACGCACAGCGCAUGGCACCCGAAUUCAAGGAUAAAUUCCACAUUGUAGUUUCAAUGGUGAGCAGGGUAGUUGGGCGACUCAUAACUGCGUUCUUUCUUUUCCGUUGACGCAACUUUUUCCUCCUUUUAAGUAAACCUUUGUCCAAACCCCAAAAACAUGGCGCCUCAACGUACCAAGCCCUCCCUCCCUUUGAAGACUAGGGUCUUCAUCUCCCUUAUCUCCGCCGUCACUGACGCCUCCUGCCGCUCCGAUGGCUCUGUCAACCGCCGUCUCCUCCGCUUACUCGACUACCAAGCCCCUCCUAAUCCCAAGCCUUCUAACUCCGUCUCUUCUUCUGACACCACCGUCGAUGCUUCCCGCAAUCUCUGGUUUCGCCUCUUCUCUCCUUCCCUCCCUUCCGAUCUCCUCCUUCCCGUUGUCGUUUUCUUCCAUGGCGGCGGAUUCACCUUCCUCAGCCCCGCAUCCCAGGCGUACGACGCCGUUUGUCGUAGGUUCGCCCGUAAGUUUCCUGCUUUCGUUGUCUCCGUCAAUUACCGUCUAGCUCCCGAACAUAUCUACCCAUCUCAAUACGACGACGGAUUCGACGUUCUUAAGUUUUUAAACGACAACUUCGCCACAGUCUUACCGGAAAACGCUGACUUAUCACGGUGUUUCCUAGCCGGAGAUAGCGCAGGCGGCAACAUCGCUCACCACGUAGCAGUCCGGGCUUGCGGAGCUGGGUUUGAAACAUUGAAGGUGAUGGGACUCGUUUGCAUUCAACCAUUCUUCGGCGGAGAGGAAAGAACGGCGGCGGAAGAAGAGCUAGCGAAUGCAUUCCUGGUGUCAGUUCCGAGAGCCGAUUUUUGCUGGAAGUCAUUCUUGCCCCAAGGUUCGAACCGUGAUCACAAAGCUGUGAAUGUAAGCGGACCGAACGCUGAUGAUAUAUCCGGGGUGGAUUUUCCGGCGACGAUGGUGGUGGUGGGUGGAUUUGACCCGUUGAAAGAUUGGCAAAAGAGGUACUAUGAAUGGUUAAAAGCAUGCGGGAAAGAAGCAACAUUGAUGGAAUUUCCAACCAUGAUUCACGCCUUCUACAUAUUCCCAGAAUUGCAAGAAUCUGGCCAGUUAAUAUUGCAGAUCAAAGAUUUCAUGAACUGUUGCAGUAAACCCCAAGUCCCACAACAAAAUUAACCAUUUCAGAAGGUAUUAGUAUCCACAUAUAUAUAUUUAAAAAAAUGUGUGAGUUGAGAGGUGAAAGUAAUAGUUCUUAUUAGGCUGUCUGGUUAUCUCAAUUUGCAGGCACUAAGAUAUUCUUAGCAACCUUCAUUUCCCAAAUCCACUUGGUAAUUUGUUUGGUUGAAUGGAAGAUUUUGAUAGAAUUUGGUGAAA